AUGCGUCUGAGGGUGCUGUGUUCCCAGUCAUCAAUUCAAAUCGAGCCGCUCUCCCGCCAACCCUCAACGCUUCCAUUGGCUGCCGCCGUUAUUCGAAUCGCGGCCCAUGAUUCACUCCACGGCUCGUCAGGAUUCAACAAUCCUGCUGCUUCAUCUCAAAUAGCGGUUACGGGCAACGCUGCCGCUGCUCUACGCAAAGUGCACCUAUUCAAAUGGGGCGUUCGAAUGAUUUAUCGGCAUCUGCCUACGCAUCAAACUCAAAAAUUGCGUAAAGACAUCAUGAUCGUUCUGGAUGAAGGAUAUGUGGAUAGAAACUUGUAA